AUGAAAAUAUCGAUCGUGUCUUUUUUCCUGGCGCUUAUACUUUUUUGCGCUUUUUUGAAGACAAGAUAUUUUGAUUUUUUUAUAUCCUAUCGUGAAAAAAUCAAUGAACACUUUAAUGAAAUAUUAUUAUAUUUCAAUAUAUUUGAAAUAAAAUUCCCAUCCAGUUAUAUAAAUAAUGAAAAGUUGUUAGGUUUACAUGUACAAGAUAUUGAAAAGGAUGCAUACAAAAUAUAUCCUAUUUUAAAAGAAUUAAAACAGAAAGAUUAUUUUCGAAUUUUUAAGGUUAAUUUACAUUUGAGUUGUAAAUUUUUAAAAGUAAAUGAAAAAUGUAAAGAAUUGAAAAAGUGUAAUGUAUGUGAAUGUGAAAAUGAUGAUAUACCCUACAAUUUUAGAACAAACGAAAUAGAAAUAAUAGAAGACAAACUAUCCAAUGAAGAUUUAAAAAAGACAUUUACAGAAAGUAAAUUAUACAAAGACAUAUUAGGAAUAUAUGCACCAUCAAAUGAAGGCUUCAUUUCUUACGUUGAUUUAGUAUUCAACUCUCCCUCUUUUACGGACUACGAGGGCAAAAAUAUAUGGAAUAUGAUUUAUAAAGAAAACUGUUUUCAACAUUCCGAAAAUGAAUGUAAAGAAAUGAAUAGUUUUUACAAAAUAAUAUCUGGGAUGCAAUCAAACAUAGCAGUAUUAUCUUCGGAAUAUUAUUAUUUGAAAAAUGAUUUUGUUUUUGGUGAAAUGUACAAGGAUAAUUCAAUAAAGAAUGACUACUUUAAGAAUAUUAACUAUGAUUAUAAUAUAACAUUUUUUAAAGAGAAAAUAGCGUUACAUCCAGAUAGAAUUGAAAAUUUAUACUUUACAUUUGCAAUACUUUUGAGGGCUCUGUGCCGUCUGAAGUCGCUCUUCCGGCAGUGCAAAUGCAAUUCGGGAUUUGAGGAAAACGAUAAGGAGGCUAUUAAACUGUUAAAUGAUUUAUUAGAGCAAGGUUAUCAUUCAUGCUUAUCUGAAGAGUUCCUAGAGCCAAUAUUUCCGACACAUGGAAAAGAAAUAUUGUCAAAGUUUAUGAACAUAACCAAUAUCUUAGAUUGUGUACCCUGCGUAAAAUGUAGACUACACGGAAAGUUAAAGACAACUGCUUUGCAAAUUGCAUUAGUGGAGGGAGUAAGUUAUGAACACAUUGGGUCGUUGGAACGGAAUGAAAUUACGGCUAUAAUCAAUGCAUUAUACUAUUUUGCAGACUCCAUAUUAAUUAUAAACAAGUUUGAAGAGAGGCUGAAACUGAAGAAGGCAUUAUUUAUUUUUUACUUAAUCUCAUUUUGUCUCUUUCUGUUUUUAAUAAUUUAUUCUAUAAUUUUUAUAACCGUUAGAAAUCACAAUAAAAAAAAGAAAAGAAAAGUUCGUUAG